UGACUGCGGCCAUGGACGAGACCUCCCCUUCCUCCCGGGUUAAGGGGCUGCUCGUGCAUGCGCGCUCGCUGCCCCUGCUCAAAGGUUGCCUUCGGGGGGUGGGGGUGUCGGGGGGUCCCAGGGAGGGUCGCGGAGCUCCGAGGAUCGGGUGUCGCGAUGGUCGCCUGGUGGGUGCGCCACGUGCUACGUUCACGUGUGAAUGGGUGGACACGCGUUCAGCACGGAGAAGGCUGCUGCAAUUCUCCCGACCCGCCUUCCUGAGUCCUUCCAGCAACGGGUAGCCUCCCGACAGUGGAGGCAGAGCAGAGCCAUCGCGGCUUGUAGCUGUUGGAUGUCCUCUUCCCCAGAAAUUUGUCUAAUCCUCUUACAGAAUCGCGGAGUGGUCAUCUGGUCCAAAACCCUGCAGUUAGGGUUGCGACCUUUGUUCUGGCAAAACACAGAGGUACCUGGGGUUAAGAACUUAAUUCGUUCUGGAGGUCCGUUCUUAACCUGAAACUGUUCUUAACCUGAAGCACCACUUUAGCUAAUGGGGCCUCCUGCUGCUGCCGCGCCACCAGAGCACAAUUUCUGUUCUCAUCCUGAAGCAAAGUUCUUAACCCAAGGUACAGUGGUAUCUCAGGAUGCGAACGGGAUGCGUUCCAGAGCCCUGUUCGCAUCAAGAUCCUUUCGACCGUCUGCGCAUGUGCGAGCGGCAAAACCCGGAAGUAAUGUGCUCCGUUACUUCCGGGUCCGAAAGCGCUCAACCUGAAGCGUAUUUAUCCCGAGGUAUGACUGUACUAUGUCUGGGUUAGCGGAGGCUGUAACCUGAAGCGUCUGUAACCCAAGGUUCCACCAUAUAGGACAGGAUAGCAGCGUGCUUUUCUUUUUCCACCUGGUGCUGAAAUGUCUUCAGAGCAAUCCAUUGCAGUCUAUUGCAGCCUAACCGGAUGGCCCCUCUGACAUUUAUCACACACACAUAAUUUUGUAAAUCUGUGCUUUGCUAUCUGGAGCUGGAAUGCACGACCUUUUCCACACAUAUGCAGUCCUGUGCAACAAUGCAGGCAGGAGGCAGAGGCAUAUUCUGAUGAGGGGAUGAGCUUUGUUCCACAUUCCACAUAAAUUUCUGAAUGACGGGGAAAGGGUGGUUGGAAGGGCAAGCCUUGUGAGGAGCUACCCCCCCCCCCAGCCCUCCUCCUCCUCUCUCUCAAAUAUGCAGAACGGAGGCUUCUGGGCUACACUGACACAGGAAGACUUGUUGUUGGAGCCUCGGAAGGUGUUGUUAUCUGAGGGACAGGGCCUGGUGCUCCAAGGUGGAUGGCCACUUUAACCCAUGUCAAAGCUGCAGGGGACUGGAAAGGACAACCUCAAAGACUUGCCCUGGUUUGCUCCACCUUGGGACCAGAUGAGAAGAGGGAAUGAGGAGGGAAAAGGAAAGGAAAGAAGUGAGAGGGAGUGGGAGCAGCCGCAGGGCAGAAAUAGGGAAAAUACAGGACAAACUGUGUCCUGUAUUGAAUCAUUUUACAUUGAAAAAAGGGACAAUCUUGUAUUCUACAGGGUGGGUGGCAACCUUACCUGCAGUGCAGCAAUCACAGCUCAAUAAUGACCACACAGAGAUUUUACUUUCUUGGGCUCCAUGAUCACUGCAGAUGGUGACAGCAGUCACGAAAUUAAAAGACGCCUGCUCCUUGGGAGAAAAGCAAUGACAAACCUAGACAGUAUCUUAAAAAGCAGAGACAUCACCUUGCCAAUAAAGGUCCGUAUAGUUAAAGCUAUGGUUUUCCCAGUAGUGAUGUAUGGAAGUGAGAGCUGGACCAUAAAGAAGGCUGAUCACCGAAGAAUUGAUGCUUUUAUGAUGCUGGAGGAGACUCUUGAGAGUCCCAUGGAUUGCAAGAAGAUCAAAUCUAUCCAUUCUGAAGGAAAUCAGCCCUGAGUGCUCACUGGAAGGACAGAUCCUGAAGCUGAAGCUCCAAUACUUUGGCCACCUCAUGAGAAGAGAAGACUCCCUGGAAAAGACCCUGAUGUUGGGAAAGAUGGAGGGCACAAGGAGAAGGGGACGACAGAGGACGAGAUGGUUGGACAGCGUUCUCGAAGCUACCAGCAUGAGUUUGACCAAACUACGGGAGGCAGUGGAAGACAGGAGUGCCUGGCGUGCUCUGGUCCAUGGGGUCACGAAGAGUCGGACAUGACUAAACAACUAAACAACAACAAAUGGUUUCUUGGAAGAAGCUAUGUAAAAAAGAUAUGAAAUUCACUGCCUGUUACUCUUUAAAUGAAAACUAUUUAAAAAUGAUGGAAUCAUAGAAUCUUAGAGUUCAAAAGUACCCAAGGGUUAUCUAGCCCAACCCCCUGUAAUGCAGGAAUCUCAGCUAAAGCAUCCAUGACAGAUGGCCAUUCAACCUUUGUUUAAAAGCCUCCAAGGAAGGGGAGUCCAUCACCUCUCGUGGGAGUCUGUUCCAAUGCUGAACAGCUCUUACUGUCAUUUUUUUUCCAAAUGUUUAGUUGGAAACUCCUUUCUUGCAACUUGAAGCCAUUGGUUCGAGUCCUACCCUCCAGAACAGGAGAAAACAAGCAUGCUCCCUCCUCCAAGUGACAGCCCUUAAGAUAUUUGAAGAUCGCUAUCAUAUCUCCUCUUUUCCAAGCUAAACAUACCCAGCUCCUUCAAGCGCUCCUCAUAAGGCUUAGUUUCCAGACUCUUGAUCAUUCUAGUUGCCCUCCUCUGCACACGUUCCAGCUUGUCAACAUCCUUCUUAAAUUGUGGUGCCCAGAAUUGGACACAGUAUUGCAAGUGUGGUCUGAUUAAGGCAGAAUAGAGUGGUACUAGUACUUCCCCUGAUCUGGACGCUAUACAGUGGUACCUCUCGUUGCGAACACGAUCCGUUCCGGAGGCUCGUUCGCAACAUGAAAAGAAUGCAACCUGAAGCACCAUAUCUGCACAGGUGCGCGGCACGAUUUGGCACUUGUGCACAUGUGCAAAGCGCGAUUUAGCGCUUCUGCGCAUGCAUGAGCAGCGAAACCAGAAAGUAACCCUUUCCGGUACUUCCGGGUCGCCGCAGGACGUAACCUGAAAGAACGUAACAUGAAGCAAACAUAACAUGAGGUAUGACUGUACUUCCGUUGAUGCAACCUAGAUGUACAGGUAGUAUUUAACAUCAAAUAACACAGACAGAAGGGUCAUUCUUUCACAUGUGGCGGACAUGUAAAAGGCUAAAGGCUUUGGGGAAAUGAUUUAUAACGAAAUGAAGAAGCUGUUCAAGAGGGCUACUCCCAAAAGACCUGAAGAUUUUCUUAUAGGGAUAACAGGUAUAGACAUUCUGAAGAAGACAACCAAACUAUUUAUACAUGUGACAACAGCAGCUAGAAUAUUGUAUGCACAGAAAUGGAAAGAAGAGAAGGUUCCAGUGAAGGAACAGUGGCUUUUAAAAGGACUGUGUGGAAAUGUCAAAGUUGAGAACAAAAUUAAGUCAGCAAAAUGAUGAACUUUUUAUAGAAGAGUGGAGGCCUUUUUAGACAAUUCGGAUUAUUCCUACCAAGUGUAGAACCUUGUAUUUGUUCCUAUUGAGAUUCAUUUUAGUUAGCUUUGGUCAUGUUCUCCAAUCUGUUAAGGUCCUAUUGAAUCCCACUUGUGUCUUCUGUUUGGAGUCAUCUGCAAACUGGAUGAGCAUCCCUUCAGUUCUUUCACCCAAGUAAAGAUGCUGAACAGCACCAGGCCUGGGACAGAACCCUGUGGCACCUCAGUUGGCACUCCCCCCCCCAAAGAAUCAGUGCUCUUUGAGUUCUAUCAGUCAGCUCCAAAUCCACCCAACAUUGACAUUGCCUGCCCUACCUUUUACCAGCUUCUCAAGAAGGCUUUGUGGAAAGCCUUGAUGAAAUCAAGACGUUUUACAUCCACAGCUUCCCCCUGAUCCACCAAGCUUGCAACUCUUAUCAAAAACAGAAGUUUGAUCUGGCAUAACUUGUUCUUUAGAAGCCCAUGCUUGCUCUAGCGACCACAGUAUACUUUUCUAAGUCCUCACAGACCAAUUGUUUAAUUAUCUGUUGUAAGACCUUUGCUGGUAUCAAAGUCAACCUGUCUGAUUUGUAGUUCCCCGGGUCCUCUUCCCCCCCCCCCCCCCCCCGCCGCCCUUCUGAAGACUGGGACAUUUGCAUGCCUCCAAUCUGCAGAGACCUCACCUGUUGUUGUUCUUCCCUGCUUCUUCUCUCUGGUUUUAAUUAAGUGGGAUGGGGUUGAAAUGUGUGGAAACCCGCUGCCUUUAAAGCAAGGUAGCAUUAGGACCCAGGGGAGAGGCUGCAUCGCAAGACAGAUUUCUUUCCCCCUCUCUUGAAAGUGGGCAAAAGAGAUCCAGUCUCUGGGAGCAUAGCAGGGGGAGUGAGAGGAAAAGAGACCUUCAGAGCAGUAAGUCAUUCCUGUGUGUCUCUGUGCAUGCACAGAGGUCUUGUGCCAUUUUUGGAUGUUCCUCUUUAAAGCUCACCAGUAGGCAAGAGUCGUGGGCAAAAUGUACAGGGACCAUUUUGCCUUCAGUCAGGAUCACGACCCCCAAAACUAAAGCAAAUGGCAGUGAAGGAGUAAGGGGGUGGGGUGGGAAUCAUUCCUGCUUUUCGGAAAGGCAGGUUUAUUUUUCUUGUUUCAACUGCAGCUUUUAAUCCAGAGCGAAGGCGGCUUUGAGGGGUCCUUGGUUAACUUUUGUCUAAAUACCAAAUUGCAUGUUGCCGUUGUUUUAAGGGAAUUUCCAAUGGAAGGGGAAACUUUUGAAGGAUGAAGAAAAGGUAGUGAGAUUAAGGACAAUAUGUGUGCUCUAUUCAUUGUAAAUGCAACAGUUCAGUGAGUGAGUUGGCCCCUGGCAGAUGUUGAGUGCUCCCUCCUUUCCAUUUCCUGAUGUCUGGAAUUUUGGCUGGGGGCAGAGAGGAGGGGGAUUGUAUUUCUUGGAAAGUCACUAUGAAAGCCCUUGUAAGUAAGUUUUUUUGGGGGGUACAAGACAUUGUGGGUUGAUUUUGGAGGUCCAAAAUCCUUGCGAUAUCUGUGUUGGUGGUGGAGGAGGGGGGGUUCCCUUUUGUUCUCUGCUCCCUCUCCUGGCCUUUGGAGGAGGGGGCUUUUCCUAGAAGGUGGGGUUUCAGGAGGUUCCUGAGGCAUUCUUUCCUUUGCAGGAGCUGACUGAUUGUUCCCAGAUGUGCCUUGCAAAAAACAUCUGGUUUCCCUAAAAGUGUUACCCUCCCACAUCUUGGGCAUUGAGGAGGGCCUCGCCCCCCCCCCCCAUUUCAGCAUCUUCUGCCAAAAGCAUCAGUGUAGUGGGGGCCUUCCAGGAGGGAGGGAGGGAGAGUGGGAGCAGGGUCGCCUUUCCUGGCUAGAGGGGGACGGUGGGGGAGGUUCUUUGAUGUGGAGGAGGGAGGGCUCAACUACCACAUCUUGCUCCAAUGCCCCUGGUGAACUUGCAUCACAUCUCUGCCCAUGCGCAAAGGGCUUUCCCCCCACACACAUGUAAUUGGAGCCAGCCCGACCUACAAGCCAAAUUUAAUACAUCUAUUUAAACCAAUUGCUGAGAGGGAGGCCCUAUAGUCACUGUGUGCUUAAUUAUCUUCUCGGGGUGUGGGGGAUGUUUGGGUUGGGGGGACACCGUUGUGCUCCUCCUGGAAUAGUUUGGCCACCUUUGGUCCCUACCCUGAGCUCUGCAUCAAGAAACUGACAGCGGCCACACGCCAGGAACAACAUCAACUGCCCAGCUAAACCAGGUGAGGGUAGCCGAUGGAUCUCAAACCCUCGGGCAAGUUAGGGUCUUCCCCUGCCUGUGAAGACAGACGAGACCAAGAGUGGGCCCAAUGGUCAAGAAAGUGGCUUCAGCCUGUGCUGUAGAAAGAAGCGAGGGGCAGAUGGGGCUCAUCAACCUGAGAAGGUAGCUCACCAAGAAGGAAACGCUGAUCCUAAACUUUUGUGGGUUCAUUUACCUCUUGUUGCCUUCCUGCAGUUGUUUACAGUUUGCCUAAUUUCUAUGACAGGGACGUGGGUGGCGCUGUGGGUUAAACCAUAGAGCCUAGGACUUGCCAAUCAGAAGAUCGGCGGUUCAAAUCCCCGCAACGGGGUGAGCUCCCGUUGCCCGGUCCUUGCUCUUGCCAACCUAGCAGUUUGAAAGGCAUUUGACAAUGUGUCCAGGCACUUUAUGAAAAGAAAUUUGGAAAAUAUGGAUAUGGGAGAUAAUUUUGUAAAUGGAAUUAAGGCUAUAUACGCGGAACAACAUACCAAAUUGAUAAUUAAUAACACCUUGACGGAAAAAAUUGAGAUAACAAAAGGGACAAGGCAGGGGUGUCCAUUAUCGCCGUUGUUAUUUAUAACAAUAUUGGAGGUCCUGCUUAAGAAAAUAGAAACGACAAAAGAGAUAAAAGGUAUUAGGAUUGGUUCUAAAGAGUAUAAGUAUAAGGCUUUUGCGGACGAUGUGGUAUUGACACUGGAACAACCAAUGUCCAGUGCAGUGGAAGCACUGAAUAAGAUAGAAGAAUACGGGUAUUUGGCUGGUUUCAAACUUAAUAAAACCUAGCAGUUUGAAAGCACAUCAAAGUGCAAGUAGAUAAAUAGGUACCACUCCAGCAGGAAGGUAAAUGGAAACUACUCUGGUUCACCAGAAGCAGCUUAGUCAUGCUGGCCACAUGACUUGGAAGCUGUACGCCGGCUCCCUCGGCUAAUAAAGCGAGAUGAGCGCCGCAACCCCAGAGUCGGCCACGACUGGACCUAAUGGUCAGGGGUCCCUUUAACUUUACCUUUAAUUCCUAUGACAAGGGGAGCAAUCAUGUUUUAAGCUGGCUGCACUGGGGAUGCCCAGCCGAAGGACUAAGCAGCUCUCUCCCUCUCUCCUGAACUGUGCAAACAGGCAUGGCGAGAGAGGGGGCGGGGGAUUUUGCCGCUGUUGGAGAUGGAUUCAGAAUCCCAGCGUGGAAGAGGUCCCGCUGGCAGCCUGCUGCAGCUCCCCCCCCCCCCAGACUCUUAAAUGACUUUUGCAGAGGCGGGGGGAAGCAUUCCAGGAAACUUUCCUCAACUACAAGGCGGGUUCCAGGCCAGACCUCUUUGUUCAGAGCACCUGGGCAUCUAUUUCAGUAUCUGGCAAGGAGCUUUGCACCUCUUUCCUUUCCUCUUCCCCUUCCCGCUCCUGCAGUGUUGGGCAACGAUGCAUGGAGAAAUCGAAGCAAUUAAAAAUAAAAAGGGCACCGCAUUGCUGGAAAGUGGUCAGGUUGGGUUUCUUUCAUCAGAACAUUUCCUGACAGCACCUCCCCUCUUAAUUGGUGUUUUUGGUCUUUUGUGACCUCCAGGCUUGAAGCCUUGCACCGCCUUCUACAGACAUAAAAAGGGUUACAGGGAGUCCAUAUUUAGGCUCCCUGCUCAUUGUAAUCACAGCCUACAAAAUUAUGGAGGGAACCACACUGACAAAACAAGGAUGGUGAGCAACCACGUUAAUGGAGAUCCUGUUCUUUUAGGUCUCGUGACGGACAGGUAUUCAGACGCUGAGGGUCUUGGAGACAGAACUACCGUAUUUUUAGCUCCAUAAGAUGCACCUUUUUCUUCCUAAAAAGUAAGGGGAAAUGUCUGUGCGUCUUAUGGAGCGAAUGCGUGGUCCCUGGAGCCGAAUUGCCCGGGGCAAAAAGCAGAUCAUGCUUUUUUUUUUUUGAAAGAGGGAAGUGGGUGUUGAAACAAAGCCGCUGAUCGUUUGCCGAUCGGGGAGAGAGAUAAGGGAUGCUAGAGAUAAAGGAGGCUGUUGUGUGCAAAAACGUGAUUACAAAGCACGGAUCCACAUGGAUCGUUAGGCUUUUUGCAUUGGGUUACCCCAAAUUCACUAUCAGAUCACAUAGCAUGUCCAAGGCUACAGCCUGCACCAAAAAAAUCACGCACCCCCUGUUGCGUGGGGCCACAAUGGCGCAAAAACAUGGUUGCAAAGCACAGAUCCACAUGGAUCCUCAGGAUUUUUGCAUUGGGUCACCCCAAAUUCACCAUCAGAUCACAUGUCUGUGGCCACGGCAUGAACCACAAAAAUCAUACAUCCACUGUUUCGUUCAGAAUAUUUUUUUUCCUUGUUUUCCUCCUCUAAAAACUAGGUGUGUCUUAUGGUCAGGUGUGUCUUAUGGAGCAAAAAAGAUGGUAUCUAUUUCAACCGCCUGUGGGGUACAAUUCCUUAGGCAUCUCUUGCAGGGGCUGCAUGCAAAACCAUACCGUCCAAGUGUCCUGGUUUUCCAGGGACAGUCCCGGAAUUACGAAAGCCCUCCCGGGUUCUGAUUUCAUCCCGGGAUGUCCCCAUUUCCCCUGCCGGUGCUGAGCUCUGGUGCUUGUCCCUAACGACAGUUUGUGGCUAUGGGAGAGCAACCCAUUGCCAGCCUCCUUCCUUGGGCAGCUCAUAGUGGCUGCUGGAGAGUUGGUAAGGAGAAGAGGCUGCAGCCAGCUCUGAGGGGCAGGAAGAAAAAGGGAGCGAAGCGAAGCAGAGUGCAAGGAGUCCUGAUUUUUUAUUUUUUUUUAAAUGUUGUUUUGUGUUUCUGCGUCUAACCUUGUCCCUUUCUAAACAUUUAUUUAUUAUGCGUGUGUCUUUCGUUUUGUAAAUCUACUGAGGAAUAAAAUGAAAUUGGAACAUGCCCAUCUUCUGAUAGGAAACGCUCUGCAGGGGAGGGAAAACAUUGUGGUGGGGGGUUUCGAGGAAGGUCAGUUUUGGGGAGUGAGAAAUGUCCCUACAGUGGUACCUCGGGUUAGGAACUGAAUUCGUUCCGGAGGUCCGUUCUUAACCUGAAACUGUUCUUAACCUGAAGCACCACUUUAGCUAAUGGGGCCUCCCACUGCCGCCACACCGCCGCUGCGCGAUUUCUGUUCUCAUCCUGAAGCAAAGUUCUUAACCCGAGGUAAUAUUUCUGGGUUAGUGGAGUCUGUAACCUGAAGCGUAUGUAACCUGAAGCGUAUGUAACCCGAGGCACCACUGUAUUUUCAUCUGAGGAGUGUUGGAGGGUAUGCAAGACCGGAGUCAUCUUUCAGCCCAAAUGUAGUUUAUCUGAAUGAAUUUGCCAUGGCCCUCAGGGUGACAGCAGUGAGCAAUCAUUCUUUGACGAAGAUGUUGUGGAGGGUUCUCAGCAGUUAAAAGGGGGGGGGGGCAACCAGGGGCAGCCAUCCUGCGGGUUCUGUGCAGCUCUUGACUUCGUUCCGAAAGCUCUGUGCAAGCAGUCAGUUUAGACUUCUGGAAUGAGCCAUUUAACCAUCAGAGGAGGAGGAGGAGAAGGGGUGACCCCUCCCACCUUUGGCUUCUUCCACAGUUAACAUGUGUCUUCCCCCUGACUCCCCACAACGCACACUAAGGAAUGCAGCCCUCAGGCGGAAAACCGCUUGCCUGCCCCAGCUUUUGGCGAGAGCUCUUGGUAUUGUGUUGCUUGUUAAAUGUACAAUGUUCAGUCAACAGAACAUUUGGCAGGUGCCCCCUUUCCAGUUUUCCUCUCCCCGCCAGGGUACCGCAAACCACAUCUGGCUAUGUGCUGCUGAUGGAAAUUGCAGCGUCCCCAAUGGAAACCAACAAUAACAACUGGGCUCAGCUGAGCCCGCACAUUUGACUUUCUUUGUGCCUAAAUCCCUCCCAGAGGUUUCCCGGGUCUCCAGUGCCAUUUGGGGACAGAUUUAUUGGUUCUGCAGAAGGGCACAAGAUCAACAGGGCCUUUGCAAAGUCUGCAGAACUUUUUGAGAGCUUGUUUUGAGGGAGGGGCGGUGUGGGGGGGCCUUCUGCUUUCCAAUCCCAGCCGAAGCUGAAGGCAGGAGGUGGAGGAGGUGUAUGCAGACACUGCUAGGCCCACAGAGGAUCCAGGGAGUCUCUUGGGAGUGGAAAGGAAUCUCCAUCUCUCUUUCAGACAGAAGACAACCCAGAUCUCCUCUAAGGUGUGUUUUUCUGCACAGUUGCCAUGUGGAUACUUGGCAUGCCAAUAAAAUAAAUGCAAAAGGGCGGCUGUAUGAAACAUUAAAAAAGGUAAAGGGACCCCUGACCAUUAGGUUCAGUCGUGACCGGCUCUGGGGUUGCGGCACUCAUCUCGCUUUAUUGGCCGAGGGAGCCGGCGUACAGCUUCUGGGUCAUGUGGCCAGCAUGACUGAGCCGCUUCUGGCGAACCAGAGCAGCGCACGGAAACCCCGUUUACCUUCCCGCCGGAGCAGUACCUAUUUAUCUACUUGCACUUUGACGUGCUUUCGAACUGCUAGGUUGGCAGGAGCAGGGACCGAGCAACGGGAGCUCACCCCGUCGCGGGGAUUCGAACCACCGACCUUCUGAUCAGCAAGCCCUAGGCUCUGUGAUUUAACCCACAGCGCCACCCACGUCCCGUAUGAAACAUAUUGCAGUGCAAAAUGGCAUUAAAACAUAAAUAUGGGCACACUUUCCAUAAGGAUAGAUGUGAACAGCCAACACAAAUGUCAAAUGAAUGGCUGUACUUUAGCCCAUGCUGUGCUGCUCAUCCCUUUCCCCAUCCUGACCCAAUAAUAAUAAUAAUAAUAAUAAUAAUUUAUUAUUUGUACCCCGCCCAUCUGGCUGGGUUUCCCCAGCCACUCUGAGCGGCUUCCAUAGAAACCAAAAAUACACUAAAAUAUCACAGAUUAAAAACUUCCCUGAACAGGGCUGCCUUAAGAUGUCUUCUGAAUGUCAGGUAGUUAUUUAUCGCUUUGACAAGUGCUUCUUCCCCAGCCCAGCAGGACUGCCCCAGACUGAGAAUGAGGAGGACACUGAAUCUCUUCCUCCUGUGCCUGCCAGGUGAGUGGAACAGCGCAUUUCAAAACAAUGGAGCAAAGUAAUGGAAGCAAUCUGAUCCAGGGCUCUGCCUCUAGAAUCUCUCUUAACUUGCUGCCCUGGAAAAUACAAGGUGUGACCAGAAAGUUUGGUGAAUGGUCACAGAAAUCGGACAGCAAGAAGUACCGUAUUUUUCGCUCUAUAAGACGCACUUUUUCCCCUCCAAAAAUGAAGGGGAAAUGUGUGUGCGUCCUAUGGGGCGAAUGCAGGCUUUCGCUGAAGCCUGGCGAGCUAGAGGGGUCAGUGCGCACCGACCCCCCUCGCUCUCCAGGCUUCAGGAAGCUAUCCGCUAGCCGUGGGAGACCCAGCUCUCCCAGGCCUAGCGGAGAGCUUGCCUGCACCCAGAAGCUUGGGGCGCGCUGAGCUCCGCACGCCGCAAGCUUUGGGAUUAGCGCAGAGCUCCGCUAGCCGUGGGAGAGCCGCGCGAAGUCGCGUGGCUAUCCCAUGGCUAGCAGAGACCUUGCCGGCACCCAGAAGCUUGGGGCGCGCUGAACUCCGCACGCCCCAAGCUUUGGGAUUAGUGCAGCGCACCGCUAGCCCGGGGAGCGCCCCGCGGCCCUCCCACGGCUAGUGGAGACCUUGCCAGCACCCAGAAGCUUGAGGCGCGCUGAGCUCCGCACGCCCCAAGCUUCAGGAUUAGCGCAGCGCUCCGCUAGCCCUGGGAGAGCCGCGCGGCUCUCCCACGGCUAGUGGAGACCUUGCCAGCACCCAGAAGCUUGGGGCACGCUGAGCUCCGCACGCCCCAAGCUUCGGGCUUAGCACAGCACACCUGGGGGGGGGGAAUUUUUUUCCCCUUUAUUUCCCCCCCAAAAAACUAGGUGCGUCCUAUGGGCCGGUGCGUCCUAUGGUGCGAAAAAUACGGGUAUUUGAACAUACAUGCCUUACAGGCCUUCAAAGUAGGCCCCGUCUGAUACAAUGCACCGUUGACAAUGUUCGUAGAACUGCUGGAAACCUCUGGAGAAGCCCUCUUUUCGUAUUGCUUUCAGUUCCUUCGUCACGGCAGCUUGGACGUUUGAAAUGUUGGGAGAUCUGUGCCCUUUCAGUGCAGAUUUCAGUUUUGGAAAAAGAAAGAAAUCUGGUGGGGCCAGAUCGAGAGACCAUGGAGGGUGGGACAACUCAGUAACCUCAGUAACGAUUUCACGCGGAAUAUGCAAUUAUUCCGCCAUCAUUUGGAUGGACAAAUGCCGAUCCCGCCUCAAUAACUCACAAACUCUGUUGACAUUUGCCACCGUUCAGCUCAUCAACGGUCUGCCAAACAGAGGGUCCUCUUCGAUGGUUUGAUUUCUGUGACAAUUCACUGAACUUUCCGGUCACACCUUGUAUUAAAAAAUGAUCACCAAGAGCUUUGGGGGGGGCAGGUGUCGUUUGUGUGUGUGUCCGUCCAUCUGUCCAGCGAGAGAAGCAUUUCGGGGAAUGAAUGUGGCUCGGGGUGGAGAAUCUUUGCAUGCAGAAGGUGGGCUGCACUGGUGUGGCUUUUCCAUUUGGCCCUUUGGGGAGCCAAGCUUGGCUCUCGCUGUAGAGUGCUCGGGGCAGGCAGACGUUUCCUUCUGGAUUCUCGCAGUAUGCAACUGCAGCCCCUAGACUGCACCCAUGAUCUGGUGGUGAUGGGGAGACCCAGCUGAGCCUCUGCCUCUUUCUAUCCAGCAGCACUCCUGGCUCAAGGACAGUACGACAUCGAGGACCCGGCCUACCAUGACACACCUUAUGUGCCUUACGAAAUAGGUGAGUGCAUUGCAGCCUGGUGGAAACUCCCCACUUCCUGUCUCAUGCCAUUCAAAUCAAGGACACUAGAAUGUGACACUAGGCUGUGCAUACCGUAGAACUUUCUCCUUCUGGGGAGCAGCCAAAGGUUGCAAACCCCAGGAUCUCCCAGCCACGAUGUGGGGAAAUGCUAUCGCCUCUGCCCCCUGCUCCUCAACCUCCUGCCAGCCUCAGUGGAAUUAAACUGUGCCUCUUUGGUGUUAUGUACUGAAGUUCUCACCCUGGGCCAGCAGGGGGAUACUGUAGAUAGUUUUCACUCAGGUCCGCAUAUGCAAAUAAGGGAUUGAAAGUGACAUUCAGUGAUUGGAUAGUUACAGAAAGUUGUUACUGUUGCUUUGUAGUUGAGCUCUAUAUAAGGCUGAACCCUUCAGUUCAGUUCUGUUCUGGCCUGUGAAUAAACAAGAGCUGUUGGAAGAAUCGCUGUGUCGUCUAAUAUGUUCACCCACAACCUAACAUUUUCCUUCCUUCUUUUUUUUAGACAGCCAAGAUUAUUACGAUUAUGCUGGUAAUGGUGAGUCAACUUUCCCCUCUGCUCUGGGGGAGUUUGGGGGAAGGGAAGAACUUAUUUCCACCACGAGCCUCCCCAAAAGUGCGUCCUGAGCCUUAGACUUUGGGGUGGAAAUGGGAGAGCCAGGCUGGCUCAAGCUGAACCUCCCCCCUCUCCCUCCCCCCUUUCCACAGCAGACAUCGCUCCGCAGACCCCGGAGGAGCAAUACCAGUACCAGUCCCAACAGCAGAACCAGCAGGAAGUCAUCCCUGCGCCCACCCAAGGUAAGCCCACCUUCGUUUGGUAGGGAGGUGUCGUGCAAGGGGCAUUGCAUCACAACCGCCAGAAGGAGAAGCGAGGGGAACAAUGCGGGGAAUCAGGGCCAGAUUAAGACCUUCAGAGGCCCUAAGCACUUAAAAGAUCUUGGUGCCCCCAUAUAUAUCCUAUUCAAAACAUAAACCAUAAAAUCAAAUUUUUAGUUUUCAAAACGAAAUGGAACCUGCACUAAGAUGGAAAAUGUUUAUUUUUGCAUACUCCCACUUUGUGUGUGUGUGUGUGUGUGUGUGUGUGUAUAUAUAUAUAUAUAUAUAUAUAUAUAUAUAUAUAUCCUACUAUUAGCAAAGUCUUUGAUCAGAUGCUCAAAACCAAUCUUACGUAACACAUCUGCUUCUGCAAUUAGUAGAGAACAGACAUCCAGCCUGCCUUGUUGCAUAGUUGUUCUGAAGUUAAAUAUACGUCAGCUGAGAAAACAAACGCUCAGCUGAGCAAUGGGUGACCACUGAUGUUAAAAAUCCGGCCAUGGAAAAUUUCUGUGGUCCCCCCCUCACUUUCCCUUGAUGCCCUAAGCAUGGGCUUAUUUUGCCUAACGGUUAAUCCAGCCCGGUGAGGGGGGGACGACACUUGUCCCCUAUUGCUGGGAGCUGUGCAAAAAAUGUCAGACUCCUCCUCUUCUGGAAGGUCCAAACUGACCUGCUUCAGUUAUAGAGAUUUUAACUAUUGAGAUAUCCCUGGCUGGCUGUUCUGUGGCUUUCAUAUUCUGAUGUAAAUAAGGGCAAGGCCAGAGGCCUAUCCCUGUUUGCACCCGUGCUUGCAAUGAAGACUAUCAAGAGCCCUGAAGUUGGAUCUGUAACCCUAAUUCUCUUUCCCCCUACCUACCCUGUUCUAGAUGUUCCCGAGACAGAGCCCACUGAACCAGGCCCGCUUGGUAAGUAAGCAUGCUGUAAAAUUUGGAGUUGCUUGUGUCAGGAGCUCGUCCUACACUCGAGUAGGACCCUGGCAGAGACACAUGCCCGACUGGCAAGUUCUCUCCCUCCUGGUCGAUCGUUCGGGAGCUUCAAAAUCUUUCUUCAGCCAGAACAUCACACUGACCGACGCCAACAGACACCGGCACACUUAGGGAUUCGCAGAGUUCGCGGGACAGACCUCAGCAACUCAGCAUUUUGGCUAAUCUACUUUAUUUACAUAUAAACACACACGGAGCACUGCCACAUGGCUCCCUCUCUCUCUAACAUCAGACAGCAAAGAGAAUGAACAAAGGACAAUAGUCCCACUUCACGGAACACAGUAACACAAACAUUCUGUCUCCAUCACUUCCCACUCUGUGGAGUCAAAACGUAUACCGUCAUGUGAUAGACAACAAUCCCAUGACUGCAAUCAUGGAGCAGGAAUUCUAACAGCUUGGUGGAAUUUAAAUCAGCUUCCCAGCUGAAACAUUCAUGUUCCCAUUCUUAUUUGUAACCACGAUACUGUGCUUUCUUAACGAGAAGGGGGUUAUGAUCAAACCCUCCCGAUUUUCCAGGGACAGUCCUGGAAUUACAAAAGCCACCCCAGCUUCCAGUUUGAUCCCAGAAUGUCCCUAUUUUCCCUGCCUGUGUUGCAGCUGCUGCCGAGAGCAGGGAGGGAGAUGAGCCUUGUUUUAAACAGUGGCGGCAGCUGGCCGAGUUUUGUGUUUUUGUUCUUAUAAACCAGCCUGGAAAUUCCUUUGAAUGAAAGUCAGCAUAGGAAUGAUUCUAGAUAGAAACGCUUGUGACCAUUGCUCAAGUCGCUUGCCUCUUAAGCGUUGGUGAAUGAAGGCAGCCUAUUGCAUCGCUGAGCUCAGCAUUGACCCCAGUGCCAUGACUUGAUGCUUCAGCCUGUAGACUCUGGCACAGCCUUUCUCAACCUGUGGGUCCCCAGAUGUUGUUGAAGUACAACUCCCAUUACCCCUAGCUAGCAACACCAGAACUCAGGGAUGAUGGGAGUUGUAGUCCAACAAGAUCUGGGGACCCACAGGUUGAGAACCGCUGCCUGAGGGCUGGUGUCAUCCAAAACAACCUCUGCCCCUGAGGCUGUACAGAAGAAAUCGCCCCACCCCAAAGCUCAGGGGGUCACUGCACUUGUAGUAACUCUCCCCAUCCCCUUCUUCUCCAUUCCCAGACUGCCAGGAGGAGCAGUAUCCCUGCACCAGACUCUACUCGGUCCACAAGCCUUGCAAACAGUGCCUGAAUGAAAUCUGCUUUUACAGGUGAGCAGCCACUGGAGGGAGGUCACUAUCUGGCUUAGGGAGAGUCCUUCACCCAAGGACCCACAGAGGAUGGGGACAAAUCUAAAGAGGGUGUUGACUUGUGCCUCCGCCAGGCAUGGAAAGCGCCUCUGUUGCUCUUUCAAGGCUCGCAGGAGUAGAUGGAGGCCCCUCCAAACAUCUGGAUGGGCCACAGUUGGUUGCCUUCUCUGCAGAGAUUUGAGCAGAGCUGGGUGAUAUCUGGUUUCCAACAUCGCUAUAUAUCGCCAGCUAGGAACAUGGGUGGUGCUGUGGUCUAAACCACUGAGCCUCUUGGGCUUGCCAAUCAGAAGGUUGGCAGUUCGAAUCCCCGUGACCGAGUGAGCUCUCAUUGCUCUGUACCACCUCCUGCCAACCUAGCAGUUUGAAAGCACGCCAGUGCAAGUAGAUAAAUAGGUACCACUGCAGUGGGAAGGUAAACGGCAUUUCUGUGUGCUCUGACUUCCGUCACAGUGUCCCAUUGUGCCAGAAGUGGUUUAGUCCCGCUGGUCACUGACCCAGAAAGCUGUCUGUGGACAAAUGCCAGCUUCCUUGGCCUAAAAGCGAGAUGAGCGCCACAACCCCAGUUGCCUUUGACUGGACUUAACUGUCCAGGGGUCCUUUACCUUUAUCACCAGCUAAGCACCGCAAUAUACCAAUAUAUAUCAUGAUGUCUCAAAUAAGGAUGGAGCUACGCAGUCACUGGCUGGCUUCACAGUUUCCCCCACAUUGUGAUUCUUUCAUAGCACACAUACACACACCAGGUCAAAAAUGAUAAAACCUAUAUUAGAUUAGAGGGUGAUUUCUAGGGCAUCUGGCUGCUCUGUUCUGUGCUACGAGAUACUGAUCCCCACUCCAAAUGCCUGCCAAGGCAGAGCAUUGAGAAGCCUUGUACCAAUGCUUAAUUUCUGAAUGCCAUAAAUCAACUUCACCACUUAACAGCCAGCGUUUCCUCUUUUAAUGGGCUUUGUGCACAAGUCAAUGUCACAGGAGGAUCUUGAACCCUGGAGGGUGCUCACUAAUAUUUUGGGCAGGAAAGGUUCUAGUGCAGAAACGGCCACGGAGGGGGGAGGCCCAACAGCAGGCCUGCGACGUUCUCUUCACCCCCUCGCACAAUCUCUCCCUAGCCUCCGCCGUGUUUACGUGAUCAAUAAGGAGAUCUGCAUCCGCACUAUCUGUGCCCAUGAAGAGCUGCUCAGAGGUAAGCUGGCCUGAAUGCGCCCCCCAAUGCGUUGCCUCAGAAAGCCCAGCAGAUGAAGCAGUCCUGGAACUGUAGCCAUGGGGGCAGACAUGGGCUGCGAGGGGCAUAAGUGGGCAGCAGCUUUCCAGAGAGGGCAUCUAGCCCCGAUAAGAUGGAUCUCCGCCUCCUUAUUAGAUCCCCGAGGCAAACCUCUAGGCCCAAGGCUGCCUCCUCGAGGGGCUUGAAGAGACCUCUGUUUGAUCCCCGCUUCUCCCUACAGCUGACCUUUGCAGGGACAAGUUCUCCAAAUGUGGCGUCAUGGCGACUAGCGGCCUCUGCCAGAGCGUGGCCACCUCCUGCGUCAGAAGCUGUGGCGGCUGCUGAGCUGGAGCUGGACGAGAGGGGAGGCCUUUCUGCACCACGGACGCCGCCGCAGCAGCUCACCCCCAGAGGAGGAGGGAGAGGGACUCAGCCGCAAGACCGCCUCUCCUGGCUGGCGUUUUGCUCCUUCUGCUUGGCCUCGCAGGAAGUCAUUGGUGCUAUUUGAGGCGGCGGCGGGAAGCAAGGGCAGAGUCCCACCUUGUGCACAUUCAUAGUCUAGUGUGUUUAAUUUUCAUUACUUUUUUUUUAAUUAAAAAACGGUGCUAGAGGGAAAGCAGCUCAACCCGUGAUUCACGGGCUCUGCAGGGGCCGGUGGGAUAUUAAAAACCACUAGGAGGGCCAAGGGGCUAUUAAGACCCCCAUUUCCAUUUCCCCACCACCAUGAAGUGCAACCAAAGGUCAGGGUGCAGCUGUUUUUACUUCCCCCAUAGCUGUAUGCCUGCUUUUUGUAUGAUUCCCCCUCCCUACUUUUCUACAAAACGUUUAAAUAAAUAAAACAAACUCCGAAGUA